AUGAUCCUCUCCUCAGCCCACCGCCGUCUCGUCCUGGUUGCAUUCACGGGCUUUCUUGUUCUUGAUGCUGCUGGUACAGGAAGCCGUGCUGUGAAUGCUUACCUCGAGGAGCCGGGCCACUACCUCCGCGGCCAAGAUACCCACAGUGGUACCGAUAGUGGUACUUUCGUCGAUAGUGUCACCGGCAUUGGAAGUGGUACGGACACUGCUGUCACAUCCGGAAUCAACGCCAAUGCUCACGAAAAUAAUGAUACUAGUAGUGAUCAUCGUGAGUUAUUGGCCCCGACUAAUAAUAAUAAUAAGAGCAGUAGCACCCAAAAGAAGCCCGAUCCUAUGGACCAACACGGCAACCUGAUCCAGGACAAGAUCUCUGCAAGCGAGCAAACCGAGCUGAAGCUGCCACAGGGGACGAGGAGCUACACUCUCUCACACAUGUUUGGUCGCAAGCUGAAGGUCUUCCAUUACAAGGACCGCUACUGGAUCAAAAUCAUCUUUGGAUACAAGAAUGACCAGGUCCUGGACUUUUUGUAUACUCCAGGAGGAGCCGCCGCGAAUACAGAGAAGUGUGGCGCGUGCAACUCUGGCAAGCUUUCGAAUCUCGAUGUGUCGUAUCAGGUGACUGCCUCUUGCGAGAAAGACAAGAUAAGGUUCUGUCAUACUCUUACCUUCUUAAAGUUGAAGGACGAUAAGAAGCAAAAGAACCGAGAGGAGAAAGAUUGCAACUACGUGUACGUUCCUCCCAACCAGGCCUAA